CUUGCGGGGCCCAUUGCCGGAAACCGCUCUCCAAUCCCAGCCUCUCUCCGUGCCGCGGGUUCCCCGAGAAAUUGCCCGGAAAUCCCCCACCUCGUCGGCUGCUCCCGAGCUCGUCCCCCCGAGAGCCCCAACUGCAUCCUCCGCUCGUCCCGGCGGCCCCUGCGAUCACUGUUGAUAUCGGCAGCGAGGCCGUUUUAUCGCUUGAUUUGGAGAUUUGUUGGGAAUUAUUGGCUUCGUUUAGGGUUUAGGGUUCCUCGGUGAUCAGUGGAUCGAUCCGAGGCCGUGCGGCGCCGAUGGGGGUUUUGGGCGGCGGGGACGUGGGGCUGGGGUGGUCGAUUGGGGGGUUAUGUAGGGUUUGGGGCGUGAGAUUUUAGGCGUUCUUGAGUUCUUCAUCUUCCGCUGGUAUGACUUGUGAUGAUGCUGUCGUUCCGGUGUUUCGAUGCAUGUAUGUAUUUGCGAUCAUUAGAGAUUGAUGACCCUUAACAAGCACCGUGAUCGCUGCUGAUGUUUCUGGUUGUUUACCCGUAUUAUGACCGAUCCAAAGGAUUGGAGAGAUUUGUUCAUCGUUAGUGUCAGGAUGUUCAUAAAAUUUCGUUCUUUCUGUAGUCUUUCAAGGAUCUUACCAAAAAGAAACACCCUUAGAGCAGCAGCUUAUCACCGUCAUUUAUCGGCUGCCUAGGAGCCCUAUCACUGCCAAAGAUGGCCACGGAGUCCACCUAAUCUGCCAGGCAACCUGCUGCCCGCGUAGUCCAUUGUUUUCAACACAUUUACAGGAAAUUAUCAUCUUCAACGACUUUAUCUUUAUUUCUUAAUCUGAUUGUACCUAUCACCUCAUCUUUUUGGUAAUAGAGUUUGUUUGCCUUCUAUAGUUCUCAUCUUGUAUGGUCUAGAAUCUAAAUCAUAAAAAGACUAGAUGGUUUCAUAAUUCAGACUGCUAAAGGUGCAAUGUUUUAUUUACUUACCUAUAUGUUGGAAAGAAAUUGGGUGCAGAGGUAAUAUGUAUUUUGGAAAACAUAAACUGACUGCAUGUUAUGCCAUUGAAGUUUAAUGCUGGUGAUAGAAACAAACCAAUUAUUUAUGAGUGAAUGUUUUUUUACCGGCAACAGAGGACAUGAUGGGUUUUUGUUAAGCUAGCAAUACUUUUUUUGAAAUAAAAAAAGCUAGCAAUACUUAGACUGAAAGGUCCUUCAAGCUAUUUGAGUGCUGAAGCGCUGAAUAUUUUUCUAUCCUCCCUUCAGUCAAUUAUGGUAAUUCAUGUUGUCACAUGUCUUAAAGCAACAGGACAUGCUCGCUCCUCAUUCUGCUGAAGUUCUUAGAUAUUCUUGGUCCACACCUGUUGUCAAGUUUGGGCUUCUACAACAGCUAACUGGUUAAUAGUGUCAUGUCUACAAAGGUGCCAAGGCACCAAGAAACUACUUGUAGUGGCAUGGCAGAUUGGGCUACUCUUCAAACUGAUAUUGUUGGUAUAAUAAUAAAGAAGCUUGCAAUCCCUGAUUACAUCAGAUUUCGUGCUGUGUGCACAUCUUGGAACCAUAUCUGCAAGGAUGUUUCAUACAGUCCAAGGGUGGAGGUGGACCCAUGGCUGAUGCUGCCCGAAAAUCUGAAUCCGCUUGGUGCUCAGUUUUUUUGCAUUCCUGAAAGAAAGAAUCAAAACAUUCGUCUCCCUAGUACUGCCUCAUUUUUCGGAUCUGUCUGGGCUCCAGUUGGUUCUUUGAAUGGAUGGCUCAUCUACUUCAGUCAAACUUAUGGAACCAUGCAGCUUGUUAACCCCAUCAGUGGCAGCCAGAUCCAACUCCCCCCAAUCGGACGCAGGACCUUCUCUAAGGCCAAGCUGCUUGAAAUGAAUGAGAGGAACUUUAUCGUUGCUAUCCUCUACGGUGACGAGAAAGGUUAUAAAAUAACACGAAAAGGAUCUAAUAACUGGUCAACAGUCGAAUCAAAACACAUUUUGGAUGAUAUCAUCAAGCAUAGAGGCCGGCUGUACACGUGUGAUAUGUAUGGUACAGUUGAGUUGUGGGCUGAGCCGCCCCGUGCAUGGCCAGAUGAGGAAGUCACACAUCAGUGGAGGUUUCGCUGUCUGGUGGAGACCCCAGCUGGUGAUCUGAUAAGGAUUAAGCGCCAGAAUCAGAACAAGUUUGCUGUUUGUACCUUGGACAAGGGGACCUUUUCCUGGGUCGAGACCGAGAGCAUUGGGGAUCUUGCACUGUUUGUGAGUCACUACAACUCCUUUUGUUUCCCGGCCAAGGAUCACCCCAACCUGAAAGCAAACUGCAUCUACUUCAUCGACAUCCACAACAACCUGUGUGCGUUCAACCUUGAGCAUGGUACAAAGGAGCUUGUCGAAACCCUUGAAAUUGGCCCAGGCCGCAAUGACCACUACCGCCGUCCCCAACGAGACCAGCUCUUAUGGUUCAUCCCUUCACUUAAGUAAUAUAGCCAAUGGCCGUUUUUCUCAAGAUGGAGCUCGUAUGGUAUAGUAGGCUCCAAGUGGUCAGAAUUCCAAAGUAUUGGACAACCUGCUAUGCAUAGUACUAGUUUAAUGUCUCUGAACUUCUAAGUAUUGUGUUAGUUUGUUGCUAAAUCAACUGUGUGAACAUUUGAACUAUUUGAACCUGUGUGUAUCACGUGUAUGAAUUUGGAACUUCGUUUGAAGCUGUUUCCUUUGGUAACAUGGCAAGCAGACGACAUA